UUCCGCGCACUGGUGAGCAGUGAGCACUGCUACCUGAUCCUCUCUUCUCCCCAAACCACGCAAAGGCGAAGGUUUUGGCUCGCCGUCGUUGGGGUUUCCGAGCUCUCUCCGAGCGUGGAAGGGAGAGAGGGACGAUGAGGAGGAUGAGAUGGGCGGUGGAUGGCGGAGGAUUGGAGCUGGAUGCCGAGACACCAGUGACCAUGGAGGGAACCGCGCGGGCGGUGCCUGGUGACCCUCUGCCAUUGGGAAUCUCGCGUGGAGUUCGAAUUACGAGGCCCAAGCAGUUUGAUUUCAUGCACCGCUUUAUGUCACUACCGCUCGUUCCAUCCUACUCCGGCGAUGUCGACAAUGGCGGCCAGGGAUUCCUGUUUCACCACAAUCACAACCUGCAUCUCCGGGAGAACUGGACUUUGUCACUUUUGGAGCAAUUCCAUGUCCAGAAGAUUUUUUCCUUCAUCAAAGAGAAGGCAUCAGAUCAUCUUAACAAGGCUUCAUGGUCUAAGAACAUAAUGAGUAAUAUACAUGAUAUGUUUUCUUUUGGGCUUGGUACAGAAUUGUGGUUUCCAUCAGAUUCUUCUCUACUUGUUGAGACAUACAAUAUAAAAGAAAGGAACUCGAGGCAAAAGUUAUUUUUCAAUCAUGAGUUUUCGCAGCACAAUCUACAGUUGGAAGCCGCUUGCCCCGCACUUUAUGUUGAUCAAGAUGGGACAUAUUGGGAUGUACCAUUGUCGAUGGGGAUUGAUCUUGCUUCAGUGGCAUCACCUUCUGGCAUUAACUACCAUUUAAGCUUACAGCAUAACAGUGGACAACCCAAGCCCCUAAGUUGUUCUCAAAAAAGUCAGAUACCUUUGUCUUUGCUGCCUGGAUUGUGUGCAAAGACUGUUAUAUCCAUAAGAAGAUUUGUGGACUUCUGGAGAAAGAAAGAGGGCAAGCUAAAGAUGGUUCAACCUUAUGAUGCUUUUCUUUCGGAUCCACAUGUUUCAGCAUCAGGGACCAUUGGUGCUGUAGUCAGUGCAUCACUUGGAGAAAAUUCAACCAGGAUUUUGGUGAAAGAUGGGCUUCAGCAACACGAAUCAUUGAAUUUAUGUUUCGAGAAACAAAACUUUGCACUCAUUGGUGAUCUUUUUGCCACCAUUUCUUGUACUGCUCAACAUGGAAACUUCCAGCGGCUCUUUUUUGAUCUUACGAGGAUACAUGCUCGCCUCGAUUUCCCUUCAGGUUCAUCAUUCCUAAGUGUUGCUGCUCGUGUUGCAAAACAAUUUUACCAUUCUCAGCGCCCAGAGCCAGAACUAUUUUGUGCAAUAUGUCCACAACUCACAGUGUCUCUUCAGCAACAGCUGAUUGGACCGUUCAGUUUCCGAGCUGAUUCCAGAAUUGUGUGGCAGAUACGAAGAAUCUGCCAAAAUCAUUCAUGGUAUUUAGCUGAGGCAAGAAUUAAUAAACGCCACAGCAAGAAUUGCGAAAAUGGUCACUACACAGAAAUUUGGAUCAGGAAGAUUUGCUUGCUGCAGAUCUCAAUCACAAUGGUUUUAUCAGGUAAAUCAGAGUAUGCAGUUUUCAAGUUGAGAGAGAUGUGGGAUAGUGGAAAGAGACAUGAUGCGUUGCGUGGGUGGUAUAGUAAAUGA